CUUUUAAUAAAUAACUUUACUACUGUGAUUUAUAAAUAUAUAUUCUAAAUAAAAAAAUUUAUAUUUUUAUUGUAUUGAAAUAAAUUUGAAAUAAAUAAAAUGUCAAUGUGUGAUACUGAGUGGAAUGAAAUGUUAAAAAUUGCUAAAUUACAACAACAAGAAUAUUAUGAACUUUUACCAGAAUGGACAAAGUAUACUACAAAUGAAUAUAAAUAUUUAAGACAAAAUAUUGGAUAUGCAAUUUUUGGUCCUCCAUCAGAAAAUAAAGAAAAUAAAGAUGUAUAUAUUGAAGAUAAAGAAAUAGGAGAAGAUGGAAAAAUGAAAGAUGUUACUGAUGCACUUUAUUAUUCAUCUGAUGCCAACAAUAUUAUAGAUAUGAUUUAUAAGCAAGUACUUACAUAUGGUGAAGGAUGUAUAGAUGAAAAAACAAUAUAUUAUGGAAUAAUUUACAAUAUAUCAUUUCGUAUUAAAAAUAAUUUGAUUCAAGUAUCUAAUUCAGAAAAAUUCACUAAAAGAAGUCCAGAAAAAGAAAAAACUAUUUUAGAUAAAGAAACAACUUCAGAAAAAGAAACCGUUUCAGAUAAACCUAUUUCAGAAAAAGAAAAAAUAACUAAUUCAGAGAAGAAAGAUACAAUUCAAAUAUAUUCAACACCAAUUUUUAAAAUAAGACAUUCAAAUGAAACUUGUAUAGAAAAAGAAAUAUGGUAUAUUGAUAUAAAUGGUAGAGUAUAUAAAAGUUGGAGAGAUUAUAUAAAACAUAAUACUUUACCAAAAUGUACAAUGGUUCUUCCAAAAGAUGGAUUUUAUCAUCCUAAUUCAAAUUAUGAAAUUACUGAAGAAUAUUCAACAGUAUGCUUGGAAAUUUUAAACUCACCUGCGUGUAGAUUUAAAACAAGUAUUCUUAAUCUUGGAGAUAUAGUUUCUACAUUAGGUAGUAUAUGUGGAGUUGGUUUGGGUAUAGCAUCUCUUUUAACACCCAUUGGACCAUUUGUGAUAGGUGCAACAAUAGCUUCUGGUGCAAGUGGUAUAUGGACAACUGGUAGAUCAAUACAGAAUUUAGUAGAUAGAAGCUCUCAUGCACAAAGUAUAGGAUUAACAAAUAGGGAUUCCUUUUGUUCAUGGUUAGGUAUAGUUGGCAGUGCAGUUGGUUUAAUAAGCAAUAGUGGAAAUGUUAUUCUUACUAAACUUAUAAAAAAUGGUAGUGAUAUAAGCAAUGCAGCUAAAGUUGCAUACAAUGCAUUAAUUUUAAGUAAUUUAGGUAUUAAUGGUUUUGGUGUAGGAUAUCAGGCAUAUUGUAUGUACCAAAGAUAUCAAAAAGAAGGUCAAAUUCAUAUAUUAGAUAUGGUAUCUCUGUCAGCUCAUUUACUAUUCUUUGGUAAUUCAGUUAUAAAUUUACAGUUUGCAGAAGAUCUCAUUAAAUCUACUCAAGGUAAAAUUUUAGAUGAAUAUAGAUCUACAUUGCGUUCUAAACAUUUUCGUAGACAAUUUAAUCGUACAAAACGUAUUGCUGCUACAAACAAUACAGAUAAAAUAUCCGAAAAUGCUGAAGUAAUACGUUAUAUCAAUAGAAAGAUAGAUUUACAAUUAAAAAAUAAUUUUGAUAGUAUUUCCACACAAAAAACCAUUAUAUUCUUUGAAAAUGGAAAAUUGAUAAUUUGCGGUGUUCAUUUAUUAAAUCCAAUGAGAUUUGUAGAAAUACUAAUUAAAGAUGAUCAAUUUUCAAGUGAAAAGAAAUUUUUAUUUAAUAAUGAAAAUAGUGAUAGUAAAGAUAUUAACAACUAG